AAAUUGCCUUCAGUUAAGUUGAAAGUUAACGAAAAAUAAAUAAACCCAACUCGGUUAAAAUAAAGUUAAUUUUAUUCAAGUUACAAUAUAAAAAAGUCAUAAACUGCUCUAGUAUUUUGAUUUACAGAAACAUUGAUAUAAAUACGUUUAACACUGCGUAAAAAAUUAGAUUAUUAUAAUAUAAUAUACCUAUAAUUAGAAAAAAAAUGACCAAAAUCGAAAAACAGUCAUCGAAUCAGUAUUGUCUAGUUGGUUCCGUAUGUCACGAAAAGAAAAUCGACUUAACUGCACGAGUGCACGACAAUGAUAAUUAACUAUGAAAUGUUAAGUUAGAACAAUAAUAAUUUUACGUUCGCGAAGUUGGCCCACCUAAGUACUGCGACAUUUUUUGUUUAAAUCUAUGGCAUUAUUUUGCACGAACGUCGUUUUUUUUUUGUAAAGUUGGAUUAUUGUCUAAAUGACUGAACGAGUAAGUAAAUAAAAUAAAAAUCAAAAAACUACAUUGUAAUUUCGAUGAAACAAUAUUCGAUAUCGUCUCUCGUCACCGUUUGCAAGUACAGCACGAUAAUAUUGUCUUCGCGUCUUUCCAUCAUCAUCGUCAAUCGUCAUCAUCAUCUUCGCCAUCUACAGUCUCUGUCAUAGAAAAUCUAUGAUAUCUGUGCGCUGUCCGGCGCAGGUUUUCUCAGGAAAUCGAACGGCCAUCAUACAACAUAUUAUAUCCAAUCCCGAUGAUAUGCUUCAUGAGAUGGAAGACUAGACGUACAAUUUGUCGUUUUUGUUGAAUUGUAAAUUUAAAAAAAUUUCAUCAGAGUUUUACUAUGGGUCAGACAUUAUCAGAACCAGUGAUUACAAAGCACACGGAUAGCUGUGAGAACCAGUUUCUAAAGGUUGGCUCCAGUUCUAUGCAAGGGUGGAGAGUCACGAUGGAAGAUUCCCACACGCAUAUCUUGGAACUUCCGGAUGAUCCGAGUGCUGCAUUUUUUGCAGUUUAUGAUGGUCAUGGUGGUGCAAAGAUAGCACAAUAUGCUGGCAAUCAUUUACAUAAAUUUAUUACCAGGAGACCAGAGUAUGAAGAGAAUAAAAUUAGUGAUGCUUUACAACUGGGUUUCAUGGACAUGGACACUGCUAUGGCUGAAGAUGAAGUUUUAAAAGAUGAGCUUUCUGGAUCAACUGCUGUAGUUGUUUUAUUAAAAGAUAAACAAAUUUAUUGUGCAAACGUUGGGGAUUCAAGAGCUAUUGCAUCAGUAAAUGGUGUAGUUGAACCAUUAUCAUAUGACCACAAACCAAACAAUGAGUUAGAAGCCAAAAGAAUUGAAGAAGCUGGUGGUUGGGUCAUGUUUAACAGGGUGAAUGGCAACUUGGCUCUAUCCAGAGCUCUAGGAGAUUAUAUUUACAAAAAAAAUGACCAAAAAAAAUUAGAUGAACAAAUUGUUAUUGCCUGGCCUGAUAUUGUACUUAAGCCAGUUACAAAGGCCUUAGAAUUCAUUGUUUUAGCGUGUGAUGGAAUUUGGGACAUAAUGACUAAUGAAGAAGUUCUUGAGUUUGUGCGUAUCCGUAUCAGCCAUGGCAUGCUGCCCGAGGAUAUAUGUGAAGACUUAAUUACAAGGUGUCUAGCACCUGAUGGUCAAAUGGGAGGUCUUGGGUGUGACAAUAUGACAGUUGUGAUAGUUUGUUUCCUAGGAAAAGGACGUACUUGGAAAGAAUUACAAGUAAAGUGUUCUAAACCUUCAGCUGCAAAAUCAAACAGCCCAAAUAGCUCCCCAACAUCAAGUCCCAAAACAAAGCACUAGUAUUUUUUUGAGCAUAGCUUUAUUUAUAUUUUAUUUUACUUUGGUUCUCACACAUCAUUUGUUUUCUGGCAAUAAAUUAAUAUUAAUAAUAAUAAUAUUUGUGUACAUAAUAGCACUGGGAUAAUUGUUUGUGUCAUAAUAUUAUAUUUUACCUAUCAUUUUUUCCUUUUUAUAAUUGUCUCUUGUAGAUAAAAAGUUAUAUAAUUGCCCUAUAUAAAUCCCAAGUCAUUUUUGUAUUUAUAUAGGUUUUUUUUUUAUAUUUAUAAUAUGCUAUGAUAUACUAAUGUCUAAUACAUAAUUGGAACAUUAAUGAUGUAAAUAACAUUUUCAUGUAACACACUAGUCCAUCCAGUACUUUAUGAUGUUAAUAUUUAGAGCAUGAGUUAAAAAUGAAACAAAAUUAUACAUAAAUAUUUUAAUACGAAACAUAGUGCGUUAAAUGUUAUGUAAUUUUAAACAAAAUAUUAGUACAAUCAGAUGUUUAGUUUUUAGCACCCAAAGGACUGGCCGUAUUAUAAUUAUUGUGAAUGAAUAUUAAUAAAAAUAAUAGUACAACUUGUAUUUGUUAAAA